CGCUCCUCCCCUCGGGCACCGCUGCCGCGAAAGCGCCGCGGCCGCGGGGGAGGCCACCGCAGACCGUGGGGUCACCUGGCCCGGCCUCGCCUUCCCCCUCACCCUUUUCCACCGCAGCGGAGAGCGGGGCUCCCUGGAGUAAGGGCUGAGGAGCUGCUGUAGCCUUCGUAGUAGUGCUUUGGUUAAAGUGAUGCUGGUGAAUCCUCGAAGUGGAUACUGCGAGCUUUUUGGAAAGUGUGUUUGCUUAAUAGAACAUCUGCAGCAGGUGUGAGGCAAAGUAAAAUCUGGUGGUUUUUAAAAGCACCUUGUAGCUGUUACCUUUCAUGCAAGAUUUCUGAAUUGCUUUAGAGAAAACUAAACCUGUGUGCCUUAGUGAGUAAAGACAAGCUUCCUGGAUACAGUUAGGUUAAUACAGUUAGAUGCAAACCAAAUAGAAGAGAUAACUAAGUAAUAGAAGUUGUUUUACUACAAGUAGAGAGUCAUUGGCAGAUUUACUCAGACUUUGUCACUGUAACAGGACUGGCUGUAAGAUGGAGCUGCCUGGUAUUGCUCUUGCUGUUCGGAUGUUUGUUUUCCUCUAUGCAUCUGUGGCUGGCUAUCCAAAUGGAAAAGUAAGAGAAGCCUGUACUAGCAUGGUACCCUGUCAUGGUAGCUCUCCUCAGCUGUCACCUGAGCACACCAUUACAGUGAAUGGGACUGAAUUUAAACCAGGGGACAGCAUAGAAGUUCACUUGUCUGGACCGGAUUUUGAGGGAUUUUUCAUCCAAGCCCGGGAUGCAGAGCACCUGGCUAGCCCUGCAGUUGGUUCUUUUGUGUUAGCUGACCGGAGGCGUUCUCAGCUGCUGACAUGUGGUCGUACCAAGAAUUCAGCUGUCAGUCACACAAGUAAAGCAAAAAAGAAAGACAUAAAAGUUUAUUGGAUUGCUCCUGGGGAUGCUCCAAAACAUGUACAGUUUCUAGCCACAGUUGUGAAGAAAUACAGGAUUUUCUGGGUAAAGAUUCCAGGUCCCAUUGUUUCUCAGCCUGAUGUAUUGUCCCCAACACCACCUUUGCAUGCAACAUCAGAGGCCAUGUCAACUUCACACUCAGUUUCCUACAUAUCAAAGCCAUUUAGUGCAUCAGGUUGUGGAAUUACGAAGUUCUGCAUUAGGAACCCUACAAACUGUGAUCCUGGAAGUGCUUCCUGUUUUUUUCUAUCCUUCCAACAAGAGGAGGGCUCAGUUUUUAUUGAAAUGAGUGGUCCAAGUGAAGGAUAUUUAGCAUUUGCAUUUUCCCAUGACCGGUGGAUGGGUGGUGAUGAUGCUUAUCUGUGUGUUAAUGAGGAUCACCAUGUUUAUGUGAGCACUGCCCGUUUGAAGGAGCGAAGUCAUCCUCUCUUGGAUUCAGAGAAUGCCCUUGAAGAUGUGUCGUGGAGGCUUGCAGAUGGUGUUCUUCAAUGUUCUUUCAGGAGGAGUAUUCAUCUCCCUGCUUAUACAGGGAGAUUUAAUCUGGGUACCAGUUACUACAUCUUUCUGGCAGAUGGGGAAGCUAGUGAAGGUGGACUAAUAUACAAACAUCGUGGUCAGCCCCUGGUCACCGAUGGACUGUGCGAUGUCACAGGCCUUCCUCAGGAUAUUGGAGGUUCCCGGGCCCCACGCCUUAUCAAGGCUCAUGGAGCACUAAUGUUUGUUGCUUGGAUUACCACAGUUAGUAUUGGUGUUAUUGUUGCACGGUUCUUCAAACCUGUCUGGUCUCAUUCAUUCCUAUUUGGAAAGGAGUUGUGGUUUCAGGUGCAUCGUAUGCUUAUGUUGACCACAGUCAUGCUUACAAGCAUUUCUUUUGUGUUGCCUUUUGUAUACCGAAGAGGUUGGAGCCACCAAGCAGGUUUUCAUCCUUAUCUUGGCUGUGCUGUGAUGGCUUUGACAAUCUUUCAACCACUUAUGGCAGGUUUCAGACCAUCUCAUCACGCACCAAGGAGGCAACUGUUUAACUGGUUUCACUGGGGUACUGGUACAACAGCUAGAAUAUUAGCUGUUGUGACUAUGUUCUUGGGAAUGGAUCUGCCAGCACUCGACCUGCCAGACCCGUGGGACACCUAUGCAAUGAUUGGCUUUGUAGCUUGGCAUGUUGGUACUGAUGUUCUUCUGGAAAUCCACAGCUACUGUCUCGUUCGUAAAGUUGAAGUGAUAGAGGAUGACAGAGUGCAGAUACUGCAGUCGCUCACAUCUGCAGAAGCAGAGGGUCAUCUGUUUAAACAGAUUGUGUUAACCAUCUAUGUCUGUGGAAAUAUAAUAUUCCUGGUUGCCUUUCUGAUAGCAAUCAACCAAAUAUGAAAUAAAUAUUUUAAGAAUUUUGUGACAAAA